CGUGUUUACAAUACGGAAGCACGUUGUAUCGUUAAAUGAAGUUAACAAAAUAUGCCGUUUGUCGACAGAAACAACAGACAUAAUCCGCUUUGAGUGAGCGCUGAGACAGAAAGACACUCUUAAUCACUAUACACACAUGGCGAACAGAUAGCAGGCUUACUGCAUGACCAUUUUCUAAAAUGCUCUAAAAUUUCGUUAAUUAAAACUUAAAAGCUACGGUAUUAUAUAGCUCUCCUUUAACGCAUUACAUUGUAUUCCUUUGUUUUUUUAUUUGUAUUACUGUAGUUGAAAACUUUGCGUCACGGAAUAACAACAACGAGUCAUUUGACAUCCUUCCUCGUUCCGCGUAUGCAAAUGAUCCAUUGCUUGAUAUUUCCAGAUGACCUGUGACUGGACUCACUCAUUCAUUCAGCCAUGAGACUGACCAGCACUGCUCUCCUCUUCCUCCUCAUCUUUCUCAGCUGUAAUGCACUGGCUUUCAAACCGCAGCUUCUAGGCAGACACACCGUCCAAACCUACUCUCAUCACAGACCUCUCUCUUACAAAACUCUCUAUUUUGAUCAACAGAUUGACCAUUUUGGCUUUUUGGAGAAUGGCACGUUCAAGCAGAGGUAUCUUCUCAAUGACCAGCACUGGCACGAGGAAGGAGGCCCGAUCCUGUUUUACACGGGCAAUGAAGGAGACAUCACAUGGUUCUGUAACAACACUGGUUUCAUGUGGGAUGUUGCAGAAGAGCUGGGAGCUAUGCUGGUUUUUGCUGAACAUCGCUACUACGGAGAGUCCAUGCCGUUCGGAGAGGAGUCUUACAGCAAUGCAAAGUAUCUGAACUACCUGACCUCAGAACAGGCUUUAGCUGACUUUGCAGUGCUCAUCAAAGCACUGAAGAACACACUGCCUGGAGCUCAGAAGAGUGCAGUCGUCGCCAUCGGCGGAUCCUACGGCGGGAUGCUGGCGGCCUGGCUCAGGAUGAAGUAUCCCAGUGCAGUUGUAGGCGCUCUUGCCGCGUCCGCUCCCAUCUGGCAGUUCAUUGUGCCGUGCGGAGAGUUUUACAGAGUGGUCACACAUGACUUCACCAUCAGCGGCACCAACUGCAGCAGCAACAUCAGGAGCUCAUGGGCCGCCAUUGACAGGGUCUCAGCAACAGGUGAGGGUCUGCAGUGGCUGUCUCAAGAGUUUGGACUGUGUGGUCCUUUAAAGUCUCCAGAAGACGUGUUCGGCUUCAAGGCUUGGCUGCAGGAAACCUGGGUGAACUUAGCCAUGGUGGAUUAUCCAUACGAAGCCAACUUCCUUCAGCCACUCCCAGCCUGGCCUGUUAAGGUGGUCUGCAGGAAUCUUCAGUUUGACACCGGCGUAUCAGACAAGCAGCUGUUGAAUGGCAUCUCUCAAGCUGUAAGAGUUUACUACAAUUACACUGGAGACGCAGUCUGUCUCAACACCUCACAAACUGCUACUGGGGAUCUGGGAAUCCUGGGAUGGUUCUACCAGAGCUGUACAGAGAUGGUGAUGCCAAUGUGUACAGAUGGCAUCGGUGACAUGUUUGAGCCACAGCCAUGGAACUUCCAGGCCUUCUCAGACGAGUGCUACAACCAGUUUGGAGUGCGACCACGCGAAGAUUGGGCAGAAAUUGUGUAUGGCGGGAGAAACAUCAGUGCUCACAGCAACAUCAUCUUCAGUAAUGGAAAUCUCGAUCCAUGGAUGAGCGGUGGAGUGACUAAGAGUCUUUCCAAAUCUCUAGUCGCCAUUAUGAUUGAUGGAGGUGCUCACCAUCUCGAUCUGCGCUACAACAAUGAACUUGACCCAGAGUCUGUUAUUAAAACACGGGAGAUGGAAGUACAGUACUUCAAGCAGUGGAUCAAACAGGCAGCUUUUGAUUGAAAAUGAAAAGGGGACUUUAAGAACGACGAAAUGAACCAUUUUUGUUUGCCGUGUGCCAAAGUUAGUGGUCUCCUCCUUGGUACUUAAAGGGAUACUCCACUUUUUUUGGAUGGAAAUAGGCUCAUUUUACAACUCCCCCAGAGUUAAACGGUUG